AUGAAUGAUAAACAAAAACGACCUAUGGCAUUAUUAGAUUUUGAUGGAUGGGAUCAUUUAGGACAAGGUUAUAGUUUAGAAGAAGUUAUUGAUAAAGAAAAACCAAAGAUGGGUCAUGCUUUUGUAUUAGCUGGUUUAUUAGAAAACAACUUAUUUUGGUUAUCUGAACCAGAAAAAAGUACUGCUGAACAACAAAGAAAAUCUGGUCGAUUACUAAAAGAUAUAUAA